AACUUAAAAAUAAAAAAAGGUGCCAACUUCCAACAGCCUGCUCUAGUUUUACAUGUCAUCAUCUCAAGAAGCAAUUCCAUUAGCAACAUUAAUAAUUCAAAAAUGCAGCUCAAUCAAUUCUCUCCUAAAAGCCCGGCAACUCCAUGCUCGACUGAUAACCGCAACGCCCCCGGUCCGAAAAUCGCCUUACUUGAUGAACAAUCUUCUGUCCAUGUAUUCGAGAUGUGGGUCGCUUUUAUACGCACACAAUGUGUUUGAUGAAAUGCCUCAAAGAACACUUGUUUCAUACAAUGCUCUGAUUACAGCUUAUUCUCGCAGUCCCGAUAAUGCCCAUGUCGCGUUUAAACUGUUAUCGCGGUUAAAUCUUGAAGGGUUUGCUCCAAAUGGGCCUACUUUUACUAGCUUGUUACAAGCUUGUGCUUUUUAUGGGGAUGUGUUUUUAGGAGCUGCUUUACAUGGAAAUAUCGUUAAAUGUGAGUAUGUGAGUGAUACGUUGGUUCAAACGUCGUUACUUGGGAUGUAUUCGGAUCGUGGUGAUUUAGAGAGCUCAAAGAAAGUUUUCGGCUUUAUGGUUUGUAAGGAUUCCAUGGCUUGGAAUUCUAUUAUAGUUGGGCACAUGAAAAAUGAAAGGAUUAUGGAAGGAAUUUGUUUCUAUAAGGAUAUGAUAAAGGCCGGGGCUUUACCUACUCCUUUCACGUAUUCAAUGGUGUUAAACGCGUGUUGCAAAUUACAAAUGUGUGAUGUCGGGCAACUCAUUCAUGCUCAAGUUAUAGUGUCGGGUACACCAACUGAUUCUCCGAUGCUAAAUGCAUUGUUGAACAUGUAUUCCGGUUGUGGGAAUACUAAAAUGGCAGAGAGAGUUUUUAAAGAUAUAAAGAAUCUAGAUUUAGUAUCGUGGAACUCAAUGUUAGCCGGGUUAGCAGAAGAUGGAAACGGGAGAAAGUCAAUGGAAAUGUUUAUCCAUUUCCGUGAAGUUUCUUUGAUUAAUCCGGAUAACUAUACAUUUGCAACGAUAAUCUCUGCAACACGGGCCCUGCCAGCUCGUGGUUAUGGUAAGCCACUUCAUGGUCAAGUUAUCAGAUCAGGAUUUGAGAUGAAUGUGUAUGUUGGUAGUACACUGGUUUCUAUGUAUUUUGACAAUGGAGAUAGUGAAUCUGCACAAAAGAUUAUGGUGUUAAUGUCCAUUAAAGAUAUUGUUAUCUGGACAGAGAUGAUCACUGGUUAUGCUCGAAUGGGUGAUGGAGAGAAUGCUAUCAAGUGCUUUCAUGAAAUGUCACGGGAACACACGAUCGAUAGCUUUGCACUCAGUGUAACUUUAAGUGCAUGUGCAGAUAUUGUUGCUCAAAAUCAAGGAGAAAUGAUUCAUUGUCAAGCUAUUAAACUCGGGUAUGAUUUGGAGAUGACUGUUUGUGGAAGCCUAAUUGAUAUGUAUGCCAAAACGGGUGAUCUCCAAUCAGCUGAGCUAGUUCUUGAACAGAUAGAAGACCCUGAUUUGAAAUGCUGGAACUCAAUACUAGGAGGGUAUGGUCACCAUGGGAAAGCAGGGGAAGCUUUUAGAAUCUUUGAUGAAAUUGUGAAACACAGAUUAAUCCCAGAUGAAAUAACAUAUCUUUCUAUGCUUGCAGCGUGUAAUCAUUGUGGGUGGGUAGAUAAAGGGAAGUCAGUAUGGAGUUCAAUGAAGGAAAACGGUAUAGUUCCUGGAGCUAAACAUUAUUCUUGUUUGAUUAAUUUAUUAAGUCGAGCAGGAUUGCUGGAAGAAGCAGAGGCAAUGAUCAUGGAUUUGGACUCCAGUCUUCAAGAAUUCUGUUUUGAACUUUGGAGAACUUUAUUGAGUUCGUGUAUUGAUAGGAAGAAUAUUGAAGUUGGACGUCGUGUAGCUGAUAGGGUUAUGAAAUUAGAUGAAGAAGAUGGUGCAGUGUACUUAUUGCUAGCGCGACUUUAUGCGUUAGAGGGCCAGUGGGAUGAUGUGGCAAAAAUGAGGAGGAAAAUAAAAGAACUCAAGGGGGAGAAGGACCCUGGUUUGAGUUGGAUUGAGUUAAUGAGUGAAACACAUGUUUUCUGUUCUGGAGAUCAGACUCACCCAGAAGUCGAUGAAAUGCAAACUGAACUGCUGUCAUUGCGGAAGAAUUUGGCGAAUGAUGGGGUUUAAUCAUACGCUUAGAAACUGGUACACUAUGUGUUAUGGAACAAAAUUGGAUUGCAUAACAUCCGUUUUUGUCAAUCACACACUAUCUUAGAUAGAAAUAUUCAGUAUAUUAAGUAUAAUUUUAACUUAAAUUCUAGCCAAAACAGUUAUAAACAGCAUAAGUCGACUCAUUGUAUAUUUAGAAAAGCCUAUGGAAAUAUACUAUUUUCCUGUUUGAA